AUUUAUAAAUAAAUUUGGAAACCGAGAUACUGCUUGGAAAUUAUUAGAGAUAUUAGAUACUUUCUUAGAAAUAUAUUUUUUCACGACCAAUCAAGAUGCAGAAUAGUGGGCGCGGAGAGGAUCACUUCCAGUUCAUCCAGCGGACGGACCGGAAGAGUCUGCAUACCCAAAUCGGACAAUUGGUGGCAAAGGCAAAGCAGGUGGCGCUUCAAGAGCUGCAGGAGAGGAGCCUUCGUCUGAAGAACAUGCUCGAGGAGGAGGACAAGCGGUACGAGGAGGAGUUCUCCAACACGGUGAAGACGCGCAUCGACCAGGACAUCAAGGAGCGCAAGGAGCACCUGCACGCCAUCAAGGAACAGGUCGCCAAGCAGCAGAAGAAGUUCCUCGAGGAGAAGCACAUUCAGCAGGUGAUGCUCGACUGCUACGAGGUUCGCGAGGUGCUGCGUCACCAGGACCUUUUGGAGACAAAGAUCAUCCAGGAGCAGCAGAUCCUGGAGAACGAGCGCAAGAAGCGGCGAGAGUGCGAGAUGGAGCUGCGCUGGCAGGAGCUGAACCGCCGGCGCUGGGCCAAGUUCGACUGCCUCCAGGCCGACGAGAACUUUAAGCGCCAGCAGAUGCAGGCUCAGGUCAACCACGUCCUGGGCAUCCAGGUGGCCGAGCACGAAGAGAAGCGGGCUCAGGAGGAGGCAGUGCGCCGUGAGGAGGAGCGGGUAAUCAACGCCCUGCUUGAGGAGAUCCGCCUGGAGGAGUUCGACAAGGAGCACACCCCCGCUCCUGUCAAGCAGCUCGAAUACCAGGAAGAACUCCUCAAGGAGAUCGAAAGGAAGCGGUGCGCCCGCCUCAAGGAAUGGGAGGCCGACAAGGCUGAGCACUUGGCCUUCUGCCGGGAGACCCAGCGCCUGGAGGCGGAGGCCCGCGAGAAGAUCGAAAAGAACAAGAAGGAGCUCAACCGAGCCACCCUGGAUUACCUCGCCUACCUGCGUCGCAUGCAGUCUCUCGAGCUGGGCAUUGAGAAGAUGAUGGAUGAGCGCACGGCCGAUCUGUACCAGCUUGAUAUCUGCACCAAGGUCAACCUUAGCGAAAGGAUUCGCGUGAAGAAGGAGGCUGCCGAGAAGUGCUACGAAAUUCUUCGAAAGCAAAUUUGCGAAGAUUACGAGCGCCGGUUGCUACUGGAGUCUGAAGUGCACGAGAACAAAAUGCUGGAGAAUCGCUUCGUUCAUCCGGAGAUCACCCAUGAGAUGAAGGUGUGUCGGCAGAUCAAGUACAAGGCCGACCUGGAUGCUCAGAUCGUUGAAAUGAAGCGCAUCCAGGCCGAGGAAGAGAAGAAGUUCGAAAGCCAGCUGAUGGCCGCCGUCGACGAUCCGCUGGUGUGCAAGCGACUGGCCAAGGAGAUCCUGGCCAGCGGCAUUGACUACCUGGCUCCGCACCCAAACUGGCGCGUGAUUGCCUGCAAUCCCAACAAGUACAUACCACGAGCUCCCACCACCGAGAAGGAGUUCGACGCCCGGGUGGCCGCCGCAAGUUUGGACAAGUGUCCAUGUCCCCGGCAGGCGCGGACGAACUGCGGUUUCAUGGCCGAGAUCGGCGAGGAGAUGGGUGGCGCAGGGGAUAUGGCAUCCGGACACAAGUCGAAGACCAAGCCUGUCGAAGUUCAACUGCCGCAGAAACCACAAAAAGGCGCCUUCCGGAAUUGCCACUGCAAAUUUUAUUGAUUAUUUUUCGCUGUUGGCUCUCCUGAGUACUCUUCUUACACAGCGAUCUUAAAUUGUAUUGAAUGUUAAGGAUAAUUAAAUAAAAUUCAACAGA